UGUGACGUGGUGUUGGGGAAAAUGAGAGGCAGGCAAUAAAGGAUCCUGCUAGACCCGGUCCGGCUUCAUUGAUGUUGAAGGACUUCAUUUGGAUGAUGCCCAGAUAGAUCACUGUGACUGGAUGAAUGGAUAUUUGGCUUUGAGCAACCCUCAAGGAAACUUUUUUCAAUAUUAAGUGUACCUUCAAUGACACUCUCACCGUGAAUGGAAUAUUAACUUUGAAGCUCUAUUUUUUUUUUGGAUUUAUCUUAUUGUUUAACUGUAUGAGUUGCUGGAAUGGAAGCUAAAAACAUGGCACUUUAUGUUGAAGGUCUGAAUAAAGGAGCGGCCACUGGGGGGAUGGCUCAGUUCCAGGAAAUGAUGCGGCAGCAGCUGGAGAGCUCGAUGCACGCCGAGCUGGAGAAACUGCUGGACAGCACCGAGGGCUCAGAGAGAGAGGUGUCCAGGAAAGACUUUGAGGGUUUCGAGAAUCUGUUCAAAAGAUUUCUGCAGGUGAAGGGACCUUCAAUAGAGUGGAUCAAGAUACAAAGACCUCCAGAAGACUCGAUCCAGCCCUACGAUAAGAUCGCGGGCCGCGGCCUGCCGGACAGCGUGGCCGACUGCCUCAACAAGCUGGUGGUGGUGAAGCUGAACGGAGGCCUGGGAACCAGCAUGGGCUGCAAGGGCCCCAAGAGCCUGAUCAGCGUCCGCAACGAGAACACCUUCCUGGACCUCACCGUGCAGCAGAUAGAGCACCUUAACAAGACCUACAACACCAACGUGCCGCUGGUCCUCAUGAACUCCUUCAACACGGACGAAGACACCAAGAAGAUCCUGCAGAAGUACACACACCACCGCGUCAAGAUACACACCUUCAACCAGAGCAGGUAUCCCCGCAUCAACAAAGAGUCCCUCCUCCCGGUUUCCACCAGCCUGAGUAUGACCGGGCAGAGCGCAGAGGGCUGGUAUCCUCCGGGUCACGGAGACAUCUACGCCAGCUUCUACAACUCGGGGCUGCUGGACCAGCUGAUCGCGCAGGGCAAGGAGUACAUCUUCGUGUCCAACAUCGACAACCUGGGCGCCACCGUGGACCUCCACAUCCUGCACCACCUGGUCAGCCAGCCCAACGGCAAGCGCUGCGAGUUCAUCAUGGAGGUGACGGACAAGACGCGCGCCGACGUCAAGGGUGGCACGCUGAUCCAGUACGAGGGGAAGCUGCGUCUGCUGGAGAUCGCCCAGGUGCCCAAAGCCCACGUGGACGAGUUCAAAUCGGUUUCAAAGUUCAAGAUCUUCAACACCAACAACCUGUGGAUCUCUCUGCCCGCCAUCAAGAGGCUGCAGGAGCAGAAGGCCAUGGACCUGGAGAUCAUCGUCAACCCCAAGACGCUGGACGGCGGGCAGAACGUCGUCCAGCUGGAGACGGCGGUCGGUGCGGCCAUUAAGUGCUUCGAUAACGCCCUGGGCAUCAACGUGCCACGCAGCCGCUUCCUGCCGGUGAAGACGACGUCCGACCUGCUGCUGGUGAUGUCCAACCUGUACAGCCUGGACGCCGGGUCGCUCACCAUGAGCCCCAAGAGAGAGUUCCCCACAACGCCGCACGUGAAGCUGGGCAGCUCCUUCACCAAGGUCCAGGAGUAUUUGAGCCGCUUCGAGAGCAUCCCCGACAUGCUGGAGCUCGACCACCUGACCAUGUCCGGAGACGUCACCCUCGGGAAAAACGUUUCACUGAAGGGCACCGUCAUCAUCAUCGCUAACCACGGGGAUCGGAUUGAUAUUCCAGCCGGCUCCAUGCUGGAGAACAAAAUCGUAUCUGGAAACCUGCGCAUCAUGGACCACUGAUGCCUUCUUCACACACUGAAACCACCCUCAUCAUGUGACCUUGUUAGCUUCAUCCCAGUCAUGUGACCUGUUGUGUUUCAGCACUGACAGGUGGGAGGUGUGAUUGCGUCUGCAGUGCUGCUCUUGAAGCCGGGAUACACCGCCCUCUGCAGGCUGAUUGUUAUAUAUAUUACAAACCUUAAAAAGUGUUAAUAACUUAAAGCUGUCAUGUUAAAUAAUGACCUGUAUCAAUAUGAUAGAAAACAAACAAUCCGAUUUGUAUUCUUUUUUAAUAUUAGGGAUAUUGUCUGUUAAUUCCUGCCAAAAAGGACUCAAAGUAGCUAAAACAAGUAGAUGUUUUGUCAUGUUUAUGUCCUCUUAUAGCACUGCUAAUGCAAUCACACAGUGUUCUUACAUGGAGGGGGGGAGUCGUGAUGUGACGGAACAGUAGAACCAUUUAUUUUAAGCGCAAAGACCUCACUGUAGUGGCAAGUUAACAGCAAAGAAUGUCGCUUGAGGACAUUUUAACAUCCAAAACACCUUAAAAAAUCGACACACGUGAAACAAACUUACACUUUUACCUGUUUUUUGCUUGUUUAGUUGUUGGUAGCUUUGGCUGGUGCUGCUUUCAAUAUUUAUUCCUGUCGUCUCGUCUUCUUUUUAAUGUUUAACUACAGCAUUUAUUGCCAGCAGUGGAUGAAAACAAGCAUUCAUUUUCAUUUCCCUUGUGAAACUUGACUUUGUGUAGUAUGUAAACAAACAGCCAUUUGACUGAAAAGAAAACAGUACAUUUGCAAACCAGAGAACUACAAAACUGAACAGAGUAGCUGAGUAAAUCUGAGUGAAAUUGUUCAUCUUUAACAAACUGCUGGUGAUUUGAUACACUUUUAAUAUUAAUAUUUUAAUCUGCUUUGAAUUACUUCAGAUUAUACAUGGUAGCAAUAAAUCAUUAUUUUUACAACCAUCUAGAAUCAAGUGACGUUUGUGCUGAAAAAUAAAUAGUUCACUUUCUUCCGGAGCAACGGCAACUGAGACUCUCAAUUAACAAAAUGUAAAUAAGACUGGAUAUAUUCCAGGUUAUUUUGACUGAAAAGCUCCCAAGAGUUUAUGACUCGGAGGAGAAACCAGCGUGCGUCUCGUCCCUGUAAUGAUCCAUAUCCAGGCACGACGCCAAUGCCAUGAAAUAAUAUGUAAUAUGAGAUGUAUAACAAUAAAUGAAAGGCCUUUGUUUGUUAUGUCCCUGUGUGAUGAGAAAUACCACAAUGCUGUGCAUUAUUUUUGUUGUUACUGUAAGUUUACUCACAUUAUGAUGUUGUGUGAAACCUCAUGCCUGCACUGCGGUGACAAAUCUCUCCUGUCGCGUCUGUCCAUCUUCAUGCAGAAUUAACCUUCACACAGCAAAGACAGGAGGUGCAACACAUACACACAUACACACAGAUUCAUACGGUAGACAUUUUCAAAAGUUUGUAAAGUGUGAGAGUACUUCAGAUGGGUCCGUCGUGUGCAGACUGGAAGCCUGAAAGCAAUAAGUGUUGAUCUGUGACGGAGGUCAAAGUUCUGCCUCCUCAGAGCUGAAUAAAGUGCAAUAUGAAAUAAUGA